CGAAACACGGCAGGAAUGAAGCUCACCAACCGAAGCUUUACUGUGAGCCGAUUCUGGGAGAGCGUGUUUCGCGACGAAAUCUCUACAUUUCACUCGUUUUCAGUCAAUGAAUCAAAGCACAGAUCGAUGAGGUGGACAUUAUAAGGCGUCAAAGGGAACUUAUUUCACACUCGGACGACUUCCGCGAUCUUGCGCUCAAAACACUGAAGAUUCCGUCCGAGUCUAUGCGGUCCUGAAUGUUGUGAGUUAUGCCUGGCCACAGCACAGGAACACAUCACAAGAUGCGUCCUCACAGCUCGAGCCGUUCGAGGGCUGAUGGCUACAGGCAAAGCCGCACCACGCAAGACACAUACAAAGAGCACUACAGCGAGCAGCCUCGCAGCAUAGAUGCACAAUUUCCCCGUAAAACCCAUCCUCACUACGCCAAUGGCCGAGCCUCAGAAACUCUAGGCUUCAUACCAGGCUCUGCAGACUCGCCGCAGGGCACUCAAGCCUGUGGUUCUUGUGCGUCCCUGGGCUGGAGCAGUUGUAAAGCUCUACUGUGUUGCAUUCUCACCUGUGGGCUUUACGGGUCUCGCAAACCUUGUCUGCCACCCAACGAGAGCUCCACUGAUAACCCUUUGAAAGCUGAGCCUGAGCCACGGAAGCCCAACGGUCUGGCGCUGUCCAACCCAACAUGUGGCGUAGGCCUUGAACCCAGCAAGCCGAGGCAGCUCCCCAGCUCUGGCAGCUUCAGGUAUUGCGAUGUCUACAUCGGCGGUAAAAAGGUGGAGUACACCGUCAACUCGGAGGCACAUCCGCGACGGACCAGGACAGCAGGGAAGGGAGAUAGCCAGAGGCCAAUCAGCAACACCAGCAUCUACUCAAGAGAGGACUUGGAUCUAGAUGACCUGGAUGACGGUGGCACUGAUAUCGACUCGCUGAUCACGAAAAAGCUCCUGGAACUUUAUAAAAUGCACCAGAUCGAGCAGCUGGCCAAGUGCACGUCUGAUUUGUCAUUCUCUCGUAAAACCAAUGAGAUCAGUGACCUGAUCAACAGCAUCGCUCAGGACUAUAACUUAGAAGAGCAGGAAGCAGAGUGUCGGUUGGUGCACGGCGUAAUACGCAUCAGCACCCGCCAUAAGACAAAUAAAGGUAAAGGCAAAGACAAUAAACCACAGGAUGCGAUACAGCAUGCUAACGGUAGGAGGGAUGGAACGCUGCCUGAUAGUGGCAAUGAGACCAUGACUUUCACCUUUAGUGAUGGGGAACCCGAGAUGCAAGUGUCAGAAUCGACAACCUCAGAUCUGCUCGCCCGAAAUAUUCAAAAUGAAAUGAGAGGCUACAGCGGGAAAAAUUUUUGCUCCAGCUCAGCCACGGAUUCAUCAGGAGCGCCGUUAUUGCACUAACACCUCUUGCUGUUUCCUCUCCAAUAUUAAUACCUACUUAGUGUUCACUCUGUCCAUGUGCUCCUCCCGUAUUUCAGUGAAAGCAGUGAUUAUGCUGAGGAGACUCUGUGUUUGUCUGAAUGGCCAAAGACUGCUGUCAACCACGCAUGUUCUGUUGUGGUUCUACAGAGUGUCUAAUGUUAAACAUGGGAGCCUGCUGCAAAAAAAAAAUGUUGUAGGUCGACUUGAUGGUUUUCUUCCUACUGCACUCACCAGAAGCCAUAUGGUUAGUUACAAAAGGGACAAGUUUCCUGACCAAAUCUUUGCUAUCUGGUAUUUAUUUGCGUUUGUUUUAAUUUACUAUCAAGUCACAAGAGUCGUCCUAUAUGUGGCGAUGUAUCCAGUGAGGAUGUUUGGUUUAAGCACUGAUUAAUGGCAACCAUGAGACGCUAUGGUGCUGCUAUAGAUCAGACUGCUUUGCUGUGGUAGCCCGUCCUGCAAGUGUCAACUCAGAAUAUUUUGUAUUCCAAUGUUGCUAUUUUUCUUAAAUAUGUAAUGCAAUUUAAUGUUGUUUUGGUACUGCUCACUUUAUGACAAGACACCCAUAUCUUUAUUGUGGAAUAUUUGUCAAUGUUUUACAAUGCUUUGUAAAGAUUUUUUUUUUUUAUCUAAAUAAAAAGGGAAAUUUCCCUGUUUUUCUGUUCUUUUAACCAUUAUUUUUAAACGGUAUCUGCAUCCUUUUGUCUUUGAUAUAGUGUGCAUGUCAACUUUUAGAACACAGUUUUAGCUGCAUUGCAUAACAUAUUUACACUUGUAUGUGUUAACCACAGUAAAUCUCUCUCGCUCUUUCCUGUGCAUUAUUUUUCUCGGAAGGCUGCAUCGGUGCCUCCUCCCUCUGUUUCCCUCAGGUCACUGUGCUAUGAACUUGUUUGGCUGGUUUGACAGAAGAAAGGAAAUAAUAUCCUAGUGUUUGUUGGAGUUGUACAUUGCGGAGGAGGGGCAAAACUCCAGUGAUAAUUCCCCUCGCAACUGUCCUCUUUAUGACACCAUGCGGCCUACCGUCACACUAGCUACUCUAUAUUUUAUUUUCAGGAUAUGCCAAAUAAAGUUUAUAGUAAUUUAAUGGAAGUUAUCCAGGAUAAACUUUCUGUCAGACAUGUUUACAAAACAUUAUUUUCAUAAUUACCUCUCUGUUAAUAUGUGAUCUGUGUUAGGAUUUUGCUAAGUUGUAGCACUUUGCAUUGACCUGUGUCAAAACAUUUCACAUUCCAAUUCAUUGUGUGUUAAGAGCACAAUGGCAAAAUGGUCUUUGAAUUAGAUCUGAACUCUCUCUAUGUCUAACGAGUGAUCACACUGGUGAUUUAGCAGAUGUAGCUGCUGUAUUUGCAUUAUCUGUUUUGUUUUUUCAUGUGAAUUUAUUAAUAGUCCCCUCUAUAUUUGUUUUUACAUUUUCUACCUUGAUGUAUCUUAGGAUUUCUUCAUGGAUGGCCCAUUCUGUAUAUUCUUUUGAUAUAUUAACCAAGCUAUUG